AAAAUCAUUUUUCGUACAUAUCUGAUUUUGAAAAAAUUAUGAAAGAACAUUUAAUUAUGAACAUUUUUAACAUUUCUGGUGAUUUUAACAUCAGAAGGAGAAGUUCUAAGCUUUGAAUUGUUAGAAGAAGAUUUUAGAAACUCAUUUAAGAACAUUUUGAACAUUUCCGGUGAUUUUAACAUCAGAAGAUGAAGUUCUGCUUAGAACUAUAAAUUUAAUGCAAGAACAAGAAGCAGUUACUGGAAUUCAGAGCCCUAAACAUCGUGAAGUAUCAAACAAUGGAUAGAAAUGAAGAACGUGCACUAUCACUACGUCUCUCUUUUGUGUUGGAGGACAUUGGAGUGUCCCAUAAAAUGGUGAUGCAUCGGCGAAACACAUUCUUGAAGUAUGAAAAACUCACAACCUUUAUAAAAAGUGAACAGCUCGGCUUACCGAUCAAGUGUCGAACAUUUGGAUCGCAAACCGAGGGAACAACAACGAUGGGUCUUGAGCUGCCUCCUCAGCACUGCCAUCUUCAACUGUACCUUCGCGAGAAGCCGGCGCCAGUCAAGUAUGACAACAACCAUGUGAAGUCGCAACUGAACGACAUUGUAUUUGAUGAAAAUCGCAAUGUCUUUCUUCAAAACAACUAUAUUGACAAUGUCAGUUUCAAUAACAUGCGUGUGGCUGGAUAUCAAAUUGAUAAAAGAGGACCAGCUAUCGGUGUUAAUAACAAAUUUGACUUUGUACUCGCUGUCAAAUGUAAAGAGUUUCCAAAAGAAUGCCUAUUCUGGAAAGUGAAGCCACGGCCUGGCCAUUGGCCUACGCGAUCUGUACUUGAGUCCUGUUCUUCAGAUGGGGUAUCCAUUGUUCCCGUUGGCUAUCCGGGCAGUGAACAUGCAAUAAUAGAAUGGAGAUUCUGUACAUCAAUGGUGGAACGAAAAAUCAUGUUCUCUUGCAAUAUGGCUCAGAUAAAAACGUAUGUUUUACUGAAAUAUUUGAAGAAAGAAUUCUUCAUACUUUCAAGCAAGUGCAUAGAAAAUAGGAGCGGAAAAGGCAUAGAAAAUGGGAGUGGAAAAGGCAACAAAAGAGGGAGUGGAAAAGGUAAAGAAAAUGAAAGCGGAAAAGGAAAAAAAAUGGGAGCGGAAAAGGCAAAGAAAUUGGGAGCGGAAAAAGCAAUGAAAAAAAGGGCAGCCUUAGUAGCUACCAUUGUAAAACAGCUCUGCUUUUCACCAUAGAAAACACACCUGAAGAUUUCUGGAGGGAAGACAACCUGUUUGCUUGUGUCCGUUUGUGUCUUCAGCGACUUCUGUCUUGGAUGAGGAAAGGGUUCUGUCCGAGCUUUACAAUUGAAAAUGUCAAUCUAUUCACAGGCAAAAUAUCUUUAAACGAAAGAUCAAGCAUGACCAAAAUUGUUGAAGAUAAACUGGAAACGAAUUUGCAGUGUUUGUUUGAAAUAGAAUCUGACGAAUUUGGAGAAAGGCUGAAGGAAAAAUCUGGCAUGGACGCUUGUUUGCAGGGCAACUCAAUAGAUUUUAUCAAAGGGGAUCUAGUGCAUUUCUUUUCGACCAAUUUUGCAUUCCUGUGUUACAGCUAUUUGUCAGCUAUUAUAGAGAAGUCUCAGAUAGACUUUGACCAGGCUGGAGCAAUCAAAUUCCUCCAAAAAAGGAGACAAGAUAUGGAACAUGCUGAGUCAACAUGCCGUCCCCAAUGGUUGUACCUUUACAAACUCUUUGGAGCAAGACUUAAAUCAGUUCUGGCAUCAAUCCAAGUGUCUGCAACCAUAGAUGCAUCCCAAAUGCUGUCACAAGAACGUUUUAUUUUGGACUCCCUGAAUGCCUUUGAGAGCGCAUCCAAGAUAGAGUUUAUUCCCAGUCGUCUCAGACUUGCAUCGUUGUGUUAUACAAAUGACCUGCAUGAAAUAGCUUUGACAUAUCUGUUGGAGGUUUUCGAGAAAAUCAAGGAUGAAAAUGAGUGUGCGCAGAUAUGCUCAUGCUUACACGCAAAAGACAAAUACAACCGAGGAACAAGAAACAGGACUCCAAAGAGAGGCUUUAAACAGAAAAUAAAAGACAUGGAUGACAACAGAAUUUUGAAACUUCGACCUCCGUGUCUGCAAUUCCUAAGGUUUGAGAAAAACUGCAUUCCACAAUUCUUGACUUACGAGAUGUACCGAACCUUCACAAAUUUGGAGCAGAAGAGUAGGUCUCUUCAUAACACAUGGAUGGAUAUGGCGAUGGUAGACUCAAUCCCAUUCACAUACUACCUGCUUUUUCACACAUACCACGACAUGGGCAAACAUGAGAAAGCGGGGAUAUAUCUACAUUUACUGCUGAAGUAUAUGAAGGAAGAUAAUUUCAUCAUGUUUGGACAUUACGAAACAACAUGCAAUAUGAUUGGACACUGCUUCCAGAAAAGCGGUUACAUUAUACAAGCAUAUGAGUGGUAUGCCACCUCACUUGUCUUACUCUCAGUAAACAAUGCAGCAAAAUGGCAUUUGUGCUUUCUCAUCAGGGAACUAAUCUCCCUCGGGGUAAAGGAUCUUGUCGACACGCCAGAAGAGGUGAAAUGUAUCUUUUGGGAUUAAUAUUGUGCAAAAGGUAAAAUUGUCUACAGGGAUUAAUAUUUUGUAAGACUUAAAAUUUCAUUUUCUGAAACUAACAUUGUAAAAAAGGUGAAAUUUGUCUUCUGCAAUUAACAUUUUGCAAAAGGUGAAAUUUGUCUUCUCGGAUUUAUAUUUUGCAAAAGGUGACAUUCGUCUACAGUGAUUUAUAUUUUGCAAAAGGUGAAAUUCGUCUACAGUGAUUUAUAUUUUGCAAAAGGUGAAAUUCGUCUACAGUGAUUUAUAUUUUGCAAUGAAACUCCUCACUUAGGUAUUGAAAUGACACGUAUAAAAUUGUUAAUGCAUUUCAAACAUUCAUUCAAGAAUUCUUUUAUAAAUCUUAUAAAGCGGACAAACUUAUGAGAAAAACUAUGUAUAUAAUUCUAUAUUAUCAGCUGUUAAUUUUUAAGGUGUCAAUUUAAGGUUAAAAUGAGGUGUUUUAAGGGGUAUUUUGCUGGCCAACUGGAGGGGGUGCACAGGGUCUUAUGCAACACACACCCACCCCUGCAAAAGAAGCAACUGAACUUUAUGACAUACGGUAAACUUCGCUUCAGUUCACAUUGUAUAAAUAAUUGAAAACUUAAGUGUCAGGCAAUCAUUUUCACUGGAGUUAAUGGAGUGUUUAAAUCUAAAAUGUUAAAUGUCCUCUUAUAUCUUUAUGGUAGAAUACUAAUUGUAACUUUUCAUGUUUUGAGCAAGGAAGAAAAGGAUUGCCUUAAAAUUUGGCUAUUUUUUAGCUCCAUGUAUCUUAAAAUAUAUAAUAGUAUAUCCAAAAUGUAAAUGUAAAUAAAUAAUAACCCCUAUAUGUCGUCUUUUCAGGCGACACAAAAACUAUCAAUAAUCUAAGUUAGACCAUAUUGUUAAGAAAAGAUGGCAUUUUAAAGAUUGUAAGAAAAAUUGCCAUUUCAAAUAUUGUAAGAAAAAUUGCCAUUUUCAAAGGUUGUUCAAAAAAUGCCAUUUAAAAGGCUGUAAGAAAAAUGGUCAUUUUCAAAGGUUGUAAGAAAAUUGUAAUUUAAUAUUUUUAAGAAAAAUAGACAUUUUAAAGAUUUAAUGAAAAAUAUGUUGUCUUUAAUAUUGUAUGAAAAAAAUGUCUUUUUAAAGAUUGUAUAAAAAAAUCUCACUUUAAAUAUUGUAUGAAAAAAUGUUAUUUUAAAGAUUGUAUGAAAAAAUGUCAUUUUAAAGAUUGUAUGAACAAAUGUCAUUUAUAGAUGGUAUGAAAAAGUGUCAUUUUAAAGAUUGAACUAAAAAUAUUUCAUUUUAAAGAUUGUAUGAAAAAAUUGUUAUUUUAAAGCUUGUAUGAAAACAAUCAUUUUUAAAUAAAGAUUGAAUGAAAAUUUGUCAUUUUAAAAAUUGUAUAAAAAAUGUAAUUUUAAAGAUUGUAUGAAAAAAAAGGCAUUUUAUAGAUUGUAUGAAAAAUUGUCAUUUUAUAUAAUAUAGAUUGUAUGAACAAAUGUAAUUUUAAAGAUUGUAUGAAAAAAUGUAAUUUUAAAGAUUGUAUGAAAAAAUGUAAUUUUAAAGAUUGUAUGAAAAAAUGUCAUUUUAUUUUAAAGAUUGUGUGAAAAAUUGUCAUUUAUAGACUGUAUGAAAAACUGUCAUUUAAAAGAUUCAUUGUAA